AUGCCUAACUGGAUUCUUGGGGACAAAUUCAACACCGUCUAUUCGCACAAGGGCUCUAUCAAGACCCUUUGGGAAACGCGUUGGAAGUUUGCCUGCCAAAAAGGAGUUUAUCCAUUUCAUGAUGGAUCCUACGAGGACUUCGAGCCAAUAUUCCAGAAGCUUAUAUCAGAAAACAUCAAUGAUGCCAGCACGGAUGAAUAUACGUCUACAUUCUUUCCUAUCGCAUCAGAGCUAGAAUCUCAAGCAUCGCAGGCUUUGGACUCUGGUAAAACAGACCACGCAAUCGACCUGUUCCGCCGCGCCGCGGUAGUCUAUCGGAUCUCGCGCUUUCCCUAUGUCGACAUAACCCAACCAAACUCCAUCAAGCGAACUGCAUUCGAGCGACAAAAGCAGGUAUACCUGAAGGCUGCUUCUCGAUGGGAUUCACCGAUCAAGGAAGUUAUUAUCCCGCACAGCAGUCGCGGUAGAAAUGACGGUCAAGAAAUCCCGAUCUACACUCGCGUACCGAGCAACGCUGGCCCAGAGAACCCUGUCCCCGUCGUCCUUAUUAUGACUGGACUAGACGGAUACAGGCCAGAUAACAGCCAACGGACACACGAGAUCAUCGGCCGCGGAUGGGCUGUCGUCAUCGCCGAGAUCCCGGGUACAGCGGAUUCGCCUGCUGAUCCUGCGGACCCAUCAUCUCCUGAUCGGCUAUGGGAUAGCAUCUUCGCAUACAUGGCGACACAGCCGAUGCUGGACAUGAGUCAAGUUGUGCUCUGGGGACUCAGCGCGGGAGGGUUCUACGCCAUCCGAGCCGCCCAUACACACGCAAGCCGACUACGUGGGGCUAUUGCACACGGUGCGGGAUGCCAUUAUUUCCUGGACAAAGAGUGGCUCAGUCGCGUUGAUGACCAUGAGUAUCCUUUCUCAAUCAUGCGGGGAUGGGCAAAGAAAUACGGUUACGACGAUAUUGAGGUCUUUGUGCGAGAAGCACGACAGAAGUUCUCACUGGUGGAAACGGGUAUUGUCGAUCAUCCUAGUUGCCGAUUGCUUUUGUUGAAUGGUGUCGACGAUGGGAUUACGCCAAUUGAAGAUUCUCUGCUGCUCUUUAACCAUGGAAGUCCGAAGGAGGGAAGGUUUUUUGAAGGCUUGCCACAUAUGGGGUACCCCGACAGCUUGCCUGUCGCUUACAAAUGGCUGGAAGGCAUUCUGCCCUGUGAACCAAAGCAAAAGAAUUAG